GUAGGUGGUGACAGUGGAUUGGAUGGGUUAGGAGGACCAGGAGUACAGCUUGGAAGCCCUGACAAGAAAAAGCGCAAAGCCAAUACACAGGGGUCAUCAUUUCCUCCUCCAUCUGAAUAUGCUCCACCGCCGAAUCCAAGCUCUGACCACCUUGUAGCUGCAAAUCCAUUUGAUGACAACUAUAACACUGUGUCUUAUAAACCACUUCCUUCAGGAAAUCCGUAUUUUAGUAAUCCUGGUUAUCCUGGCUUUGGAGGCUAUAACACUUUCAGAAUGCCACCUCACAUGCUGCCCAGAGUAUCCUCACCAUAUGGUGGUUCUUACUCCCUCAGAAACCAACCACAUCCCCUUCCUCAAAACCCUGUGGGAAUGGGUUUUAGUCGACCCCACUCCUUCGGCUUUGGUCCACAUGAUAACCCAGGUUUUGGGAAUCAACCACCUUAUAGCAGUGGUCAGAUAAAUCAAAAUGUCAAUAUGCCUGGUCAGCAUUUUAGACCAAAUCCUAGUGAGAACUUUGGCCAUUCUGGUCAGAUACCUCACCCUGACGUGCCAUCUAGCUUUGGUCCUGGAAACAAUCCAAAUUUCCCAAAUUCUCAGCUAGAGUCAAACCAUUCUUUUGUUUCUCCACCAAACACGUACAACCAGACUAAAUCGUCAGCACAAAAACAAGACUUUAGUCAAGGUGCAAGCAAAGCAUCCAGCCAGAACACUGCUGCUCAUCAGCAUCAUCACAGAACAGAGGACAUUGUGAGUCAAGGUAACAGUGACCUAAAAAGUGUUACUCGAACCAGUGUGGCAAAUCAGGAUAAUAGCCAUUCUAAUAGUGCUGAUAACACUAACACUGGUCAUUCAAAUGGGACUCAGAGUAAGUCCCGCCAGCCUCGAGGCACUGCUGAAGGAUGCAACGCUGAAAAGAGCAGCAAAACACCCCUUCAUCCCAGUCGUCAUGGUCACUCAUCCUCUGAACCUGUGUAUCCAUGUGGAAUUUGUACACAUGAGGUUAAUGAUGACCAGGAUGCCAUCUUGUGUGAAGCCUCUUGUCAAAAAUGGUUUCAUCGGAUCUGUACAGGCAUGACUGAGUCAGCUUACGGCCUUCUUACCGCAGAAGCAUCAGCAGUGUGGGGCUGUGAUACCUGUAUGGCUGACAAAGAUGUCCAGUUAAUGCGUACAAGAGAGACUGCAGGACCGCCUGCAUUGAAUACGGAUGGCUAACAACGGGAAUUGGUGGUCGUGGUUGAAAUACUUGCUAUGAGGAUUUGGUUACAAAUUGGGUACUUCACUUUCUGCAGACAAUCAGUUGUGUUUGGUUGCUGUCAUCUUUUUUCUCCUAAUCUGUUUUCAUUCAUAAACUUCCGUCUUGGCUUUUGUACUCUUAGUUUUAUGUGCGCAAAUGUUUUACAGGAUGGAAUGUUUUUUGUUUGUGAUUAAGCUGUAAAACAUAACUGUCAACUGAUCAGAAGUAGGAUGUGCAUUGACAAUUUUAUUGAAGGCAAAAAUGUGCCUGUAUGAAUAGCCCCUAAUUUGCUAGUGUUGACAUGUUAACUAACACUAGCAUUUAGUGCUCGGUUUUAAUGGUGCUAUAUUUGCAAGUACUCUUUUUUUUUUUUUUUUUUUUUUUUUUUGGGUGAAUGUCCAUUGCUGAUGUUAUCCUUUCUUUCAAUAUAGUGGAGAUGACAUGGAGGAAUGUGCAGUACUAGUAGUUUUUAUUUUAGGGCAAAUGGAGAGGAUUU